AUGCAGUACUGGGCUUACACCUUCUACUGGGAGUAUAUAAAGAGGUUCCCAUCAUCCCAGUGCCUGGGGAUUGAAGCCUUCACAUGUGAUGAGGAGAGAUGUUUAGUGGUGGCCAAAUUGUUUGCAAAGAAGAUGUGCCCCAAGAUGCUCCCCUCAGCAGCAGACGUCGACAAGGCUGAAGAUUCAGGCAGCAAUGGAUCUGUGGACUUGAACCUGGCAAUCCUAGAGACCGCUAACCCUGUCAAAGUGGUAGACAUCACAACACCCCUGACCACUAAUCCAGUCAACCUUGAGGUUUUGGAUGAAACACUUGUCCUUCAGUCAGGCUUUGUCCCGGCACCCUGCAUUCCACCCCCAGGCUUUUCCCCAGCACCCUGCAUUCCACCCUCAGGCUUUCCCCUGACAUCCUGCACCGCAUCGCCAAGCUUCGCCGCUAAUGCCAUGCAGGGCUUUGGCACGAAAAUCAUCCUGAAACAAAUGGUCCUGCUAUUCUUGGAGAGGCACCCUCCUAUAUCAGACGACCUUGAGUCAGAGUUCCUCACUAUUGCCGAUCAUAUCUGCACGCUGUUUCAAAGCAUCACUGACAGAUUCCGCAACAUCGUUAAUGAGGAGCUGGAGAAGUGGACAGACUCUGACAGUAAGCAGUACUGGGCUUACACCUUAGACUGGGAGUACAUGAAGAGGUGCCCAUCAUCCCAGUGCCUGGGGAUUGAAGCCUUCACAUGUGAUGAGGAGAGAUGUUUAGUGUUGGCCACCUUGUUUGCAAAGAAAUUGUACCCCAAGAUGUUCCUCUCAGCAGCAGACGUCGACAAGGCUGAAGAUUCAGGGAGCAAUGGAUCUGUGGACAUGAACCUGGCAAUCGUCGACAAAUUUGUCCCUAACCCUGUCAAGGUGUUGGAGUUGCUUCAACCCCUGUCACUUCCAGACAUCAAAAAGCCCUUGACCACUAUACAUGACAAAGUGCUGGACAACAUCACAACACCCCUGGUUGAUUCCCCAGUUAAGAUGUUCAGUCCGAGUGCUGAAUACCGCCAGACUGUAGAGCGGUGCUGGGACAGGAACUACUACAAUGAGCAGAAGAAGCUGAUGAAGCAGUUUUUGGUGCUCCAGAGACAAGGCCUCCAGAGUCAUGUCCCUCACCACACCACCGUGGAGGACAUGAGCAACUGGCUUAUUAAGAACAAGUCCCUGGAGCGGUGA